UAAUCUCAUAUUUUAGUAAGAAGAUAUGAAGUUAAAAUUUAAAUUAUUGUUAUUUGUAAUUUAUAUCUUAGAAUUGACUAAAUAACACUCAUCGUCUGUUGGUUCGUGUAUUAUAUUAACUUUUUAUUGUAAUAGUUAACUGUAAUAACAAUGUUAAGACCCAAAGUGUUAUCCCAAGUUUUAAGUCAAGCUAAUAGCAACGGUGUUGAAAAUACAAUGCUGUUGACACAUGAUGGAAGCUUAUUAGCAUUUAGUGGUUAUGGUGAUAGAGAUUCAAGCAUCACAGCUAUAAUUGCAGCUAAUUUGUGGAAUACAUAUCAUAAGAAUGGUUUAGCUACAUUGAAAGAGGAUCAAUUGCAACUGGUUCUCAUGGACUGUACGGAAGGCAGAAUUGCGAUUAAGCAAGUUGCCAACAUUUUAUUAUGUUUGUAUGCAAACCGAUCAGUGGAAUUUGGCUUGCUAAAAGAAAAAAUAACAGCUUUAUCUUCAUAUUUAGAUGGUCCACUCAGGCAAAUUUCAGCAUCUUAAUAUGUGCAAUUCUUUAACUAUCAAAUUUAAAUAUUCUACUUUAAUUGUUUUAUAAUUUUUAAUUAUCACUUAUAUAAAUAUAUAUUAUAUUCAUAAAUAUUAAGUAAUAUAUUAUAUUUUAUUAUCAGUAAAUUCAUUUUUUUUC